CAAAAGGGUGAAUUUAUUUGUCCCCAAUAUCUGUGUGGAGCAGCAAUAUGGUGAAAAGGGGAGCAACCGCCGUAGCAGUAUUCUUCUUCUUCGUCUCGUUUGCUCUCCAGCUUUCUUCAGAAGGCGAUGUGGAGAAGAAGACGUUGCUAUUCGUGUUCGGCGAUUCAUACGCAGACACCGGAAAUCUGCCCAGGGAAGCUUCCACGUCGUGGAAAUGGCCUUACGGCAUCACCUUCCCCGGUAAACCCUCCGGCAGGUUCUCCGACGGCAGAGUUUUUACGGAUUUCAUAGCAAAAUUUCUAGGAAUAAAAUCUCCAAUUCCAUACAAGUUGAUGAAGAAUUUGAACACCAAUUCGACGAGAUAUGGAAUCAACUUUGCUCAUGGAGGGACAGGCGUAUUCAAAACAAUGGUUGAUUAUCCUAAUAUGAGCACGCAAAUUGACUUCUUGCAACAAAUUAUUGAUCGUAAAGUGUACUCGAGUCAAGCAUUGAAUGCUUCGAUCGCGCUAGUGUCCCUUGCCGGGAAUGAUUAUUCGACUUAUCUUGCCAAGAAUGGAAGUUUGAAGGAUUUACCCGAAUUCAGUAAAUCUGUGAUCGGUAAUUUAACGAAGAAUAUUAAAAGGAUACGAUUAUUGGGAAUCAAGAAAAUUGUGAUCACAGGACUCCAUCCAUUGGGUUGUUUGCCACUAAAUAUCGCUACAAAUGCAUAUAGAAACUGCAACACAGGAGAAAACUAUUUCUCUGAGUCUCACAAUCGAUUGUUGAAGCAAAAUAUAGAGACAUUAAACGAUGAAGUUUCUACUCCAGUCUUUGCUUAUCUUGAUAUCUAUGAUGCUUUUAUAUCCUCCAUCGAAACACGGCAAAACAAUUCAGAUAAAUUAAAGCCAUGUUGUGUUGGGGCGAACGGCGAAGGAUGUGGGUGGAUAGACAACAUGGGGAAGAAACUAUUCGAUGUUUGUAAGAAUCGGAAAAACUCAUUAUUUUGGGACUCCAUACAUCCUUCAGAUGCCGGUUGGAGGGCCGUAUAUUCAUGGCUUAAGCCUUCUCUCGCAUCAAUUUUUGUAUCCUAGUUUAUAUGCGUAUCAAAUUUUACCGUACUACUUUUAAAUUUAAAUAAAAUACAAACUACAUCAGCAACAUAAGUUGGUCUUAGCAAAUCUUGUAUGACUAAUUUUAAAUUCAUAAUUUUACGAUUACAAUUAAUUGAACUACUUUUUA